AUGCUCCUCAGCCACCUGACCCAGCUCGCUACCCUCGCCCUCUCCUGGCGUCUUGGAGAUCUCAGCACCGCUGACUACGCCCCUACGCUAAUCCACACGCGAACGCACACCAACCGCGAACAACUCUCCUACCUCCAGUACCUCCACGAACCGCCCCCGCCGUUGUUGCAGGCUCACGAUGCCCAGUACGACGAACUAGUGGAUGACGAACUACUGGACGGCCACUCGCGGGACGACCAGUCACUGGACGACCAACUACUCGCUGACCAGUCGUUGGAGGACCACUCCCUGGACCUGGAGGACGACCUGGAGGACGAUCUGGAGUGGCCCCCGCGGCGAACGCACUUCACGCCGGCGGAGGUGAUUGCGGCAGCGGAGGCUGCGCACCGCAACGGUUCGCUACGUGCUCAGGACGCGUCAGGCGAGUCGCCCGUGAUCUUCACCGCGAGUCAAUUGGAGGCGCUGCUCGGUGUCCUAAGCGUAGAUCCUCCGGCCUUGCUCUUCACCAUCAACGAGGGCGGGAGGCACCGCCUUGGCUUUGGCCUCUUUCGCGACAUUGCCCAACACUACGUUAACAAUCCUGUCUACCAGAAGAUUUUCCAGGCACUGAACAAACUCCUUCGAGAUGUAGCCCGCCGCAAGGGGGGGAACAAUCAGGCCGGAGACCCCGCCACUCUGGACCAUCUCGACCAUCAGGCCGGAGACCAAGAUGCCGAGAACCACGACCCAGGUGCGGACGACGCAACUUCUCUUAACACGCCUUUGUCAAAUAGAAAGACUGCUCUCUCUCUGGCAGGGGCAGAGGUGGAGGCAAAGGCGGAGGCAGACGAACCGGUGGGGCAUGCUUGGUUGAGCAACGUCCUGACUGGCACCGAUGAGAUGCAAGGUUUUGAAUCUAACUACCGUGAGGAUGGAGCGUUGUGGGACGACCUGGAUGCGGCGCUCAAAGAAGACCACCGCCAGAUCGAUCGUCUCGGUAUCCUGGACUUGAAAGCGGUGUACGAAGCGGCCCUCUCUCUGCCCCGUUCGGAGUCGACGACCGGAGCUAUGGCGGCGGGGGCAGACGACCUGGCCGUUUACGACUUGGUCUCGGGCGAAGACGAAUUCCCGACCGAGAAGGACUGGAUAGAAGACGACGAAGACCUCUUCACACCCCCGCCGCGCUUCCGGCCGCCCGACCUCGCCCAGGAACGCGCAGCGCUGCUCCGCCAAACCCCCGUCCACGCCGACCGACCGCGUCCUCUCUCGGGCAACGAUCACCGGUCCGCCUCGCCGGACCCUGAGACUGCCCUGGGCGGGGUCGAACGGUCCGAGGUCGAACGGUCCGAGGUCGAGCCGUCCGAGGAGGCCGAGCCGUCCGAGGAGGCCGAGCCGUUCGAGGAGGCCGAGCCGUCCACAAGUCAGAACCGGGAUAGCGCGACUCAGGGUGUGUUCAACCUUUGUGAUUGGUACCAAUACCCGGCGGUGUGUCGUGCGCACUUCGACCAUGCUUGUUUGCACCAGAUGGUGAAGCGCUGGAAGGGUCGUCGAAAGGACUUCAGUUUGUUGCCACACCUGAGUAUUGGGCACAUCGCGUUGCCACGGCGGCCGGUGCGAGCGUUGAAAGCGAUAAUUGAUGUGGCCUGUAACCCGUGGAUAAAGGACCUGCAUGCCGACAUCAUAUUGCGGUCGCAUGGCAGCGGCGAGGUCAUCCCCUUCGACCCGGUGAGUUUGAGGGGUCCGGCGCGGAGAGAGUUGAUGUUGCGGGGAUUGGGUAGCCCUGUAAACGACCCUAAAUACCGCGACCAGUGGCACAUUCCGGACCAGAAGGUGGAGCAGGCGUGGCAGACGACGCAGGGCGACGUGAAUGUGGCGGUGAUGGUUGCAGACACGGGGGUCGACAUAAACCACGAAGACUUGCGAGACAACUUUUGGCAGAACAACCAGCCGUCGCGAGAAUUCAACGGUCAGGACGUGCAUGGGAUCAACCCGAUUCGGAAGAACGGCGAUUUGAGUGACGAAGGUGGACACGGGACGCACAUGUCAGGGGUGGCGUGUGCGGCUACCAACAACAAUAGAGGUGUGGCGGGAGUGGGAUAUAGAGUUCGCCUGGCAGGUUGCAAGUUCAUGCAGGGCGCCUCGGGCUCGCUGGGCAAGCUGUGCGACUGUGUGAACUACGCUGCCGACAAACGGAUCAAGGUCGUGUCUAUGAGCUUCGGAGGCGACACCGACAUGCCUGCCUUCUCGCAGUCCAUGAAGAAGGCCACGCAAAACAACGUAAUCGUCGUCUGCAGCGCCGGAAAUAGCGGCCACAACAACGAUCAACAACACACCUACCCUGCCCAGUACGCGACCAACCAGGACUUGGCUGUCGUCAGUGUCGGCGGACACGACCAAAAACAAGCCUGGCUGGAUUACGCCAGCUACGGAGCAAACACUGUACUAGUCAGCGCACCGGGAGACUACGUACUCUCAACCGCCCAAGGAAAUGACUAUGAAUUCAGGGGCGGUACAUCUCCAGCCGCGCCUAGCAUCGCUGGUAUACUCGCUCUAGGAUUCUCUGCCAAUCCCCGACUGAGUGCUCUCACCGCAAAGCAAUUGCUUCAACAAGCCGUUGAACCCAUGAACGGAUUCAAAGCCAAGUGCAGCUGGGGCGGCAAAAUUAACGCCCAAAAAUUCGUCUCCUUGGCCAAAAACGCUAACUAG